GAUACAAAGAAAAAUAUAUAAAAGAGCUAGAAUUCCCACCUUCAUCAUCUGUUAUUGCACAAUCUCAAAAGCACAAACACACAAUAACAAUCAUUCACCACAUAUAUCUUCGUUACAGAUCGGAAAUCAUGAAGUUCUCAUACGCCGCUAUUAUCCUCGGAGCUGCCUCCAUCGUAUCAGCUCAAAGUGCUGCUUGUACAGCAGCUGUAGCCGCUGUCCCUGCCUGCGGCGCUUCUUGCAUCGAUACAGCCACUUCGAAAUAUUGCUCGGGCGCAGACGACUACGCUUGUGAAUGCUCAUCUGACACCUUUUCUGAGAUUGAGAAUGAGGCUACUGAUUGUGUUGUUGCCGCUUGUGGAGUUAACGUCGCAAUUGAAGUUUUGGAUGCUGUCAGUAAAGUUUGCACCACCUGUGUUUAAGCUUUCACUUUUGUAGCCAAUGGGUCAUUCAAAGUAAUUGCAUGAGCUGAGAGAGCCUGAUGUUGUUUGGUUUGAUUUGGAGCGGAGCGAUUGAUGGUUUGAAUGGGUUGGCGAUGAACGAUUGAGCCUGAUGAUCGGACAAUUGUUGUCAGAUAAAAUGAAAUCUGAAGUGUCUGAAAACCAGAAACAUAUGGCAUUCCGCUUUCGUGAAAUGGCCAGAAUCGUGCUCACUUAAGAAAACCUAACGAUGGAGAAUUCCUGACUUUGCUCGGCGUGUGUGACAUAUGUAACAAAUAUUUCGAGUAAUGCUAGAUCUUUAAUCA